UCUUUGCUCGGGAAUUGCAAUUUAUUGAGCAGCAUCCGCGACCAAACUAAAUCCAAGCCUGCGCACGCCCACACACACAGACAUACACACGAAAUGAUGAGACAACAGCCGUCGAGUAAGCGAAAAAAAUCGGCAGACAUGCAGCUGCCCUGUGCUUGGCAAGAUUGCCAAGUAAUCUGCGAAGGCGAGUGGCUGCUCAAUAGCCACAUUGCAGACCAUCUAAGGGAGCACCAGCAGGGCAAGCGCAAAUGUGUCUGCGUGUGGAACGACUGCAUCUUCCAAACGAGCUGUCGCCAAGAGUUCGAACGGCACAGCUACUAUCAUGGCUACUACAUUAAUCUGCUGCUCCAGGGCAAGCAGGAGUGUGAGAAUCAUCCGGAGAUACCCGCCUGCUAUGCGCCGCCGCGCACUGGCGAUAAGCUGCCCGAGCUUAAACAGAACUUUCAUUGCGGCUGGAGUGAUUGCAAUCGUUCGUUUGUCUCCAUUGUCGAGUUCCAGGAUCACAUAGUGCAGCAUGCCUCGUUCGAAUACGAGAUACAAAAGUCACCAGACGACGAGCGCCCCAAGACGCAGUGCAACUGGACGAUGUGCAACAAGUUGCUGGAGAACAAAUAUCGCCUCAUCGAGCACAUAAGCACACACUCGAACAAGAAGCAUGUCGCCUGCUACCACUGCGGCGAGCUGUUCCGCACCAAGACAACGCUGUUCGAUCAUCUGCGCCGCCAGCCGGACAACAAUACCCAAAAGUUCCAAUGCGCGCAGUGUUUCAAAUUCUUUGCCACCGAGAAGCUAUUACGCGGCCAUGUGGUUCGCCAUGUCAAUUGCUACAAGUGCAGCAUGUGCGACAUGACCUGCAGCUCGGCCAGCUCGCUGACGACACACGUCCGAUAUCGACAUUUAAAGGAUAAGCCCUACAAGUGCACCGAAUGUGAUACACGCUGUGUACGCGAAUCGGAUCUGGCCAAGCAUGUCCAGAUUGUCCAUUCGAAAAUGGUGCAUCAAUGCGAUCAACCCGGCUGUCAAUACUCUGUGCGCACCUAUACCCAAAUGCGACGGCACUUUCUCGAGGUGCACGGCAACAAUCCGAUAUUCUAUGCUUGCCAUUGCUGUGAGCGCUUCUUUAAGACGGGCAAAUCGCUAUCGGUUCAUCUAAUCAAAAAGCAUGGCUUCCGUUUACCCUCGGGCCACAAGCGCUUCUCCUAUCGCAUAGACGAGAACGGCUUCUAUCGGCUGGAGAUGACGCGUAUCGAGAGCCUCGAGGUAACACAACAGAUCCUUGCGCCCCAUAUCAAGCAGGAGACUGAUUUGAACAUCGCACUCGAGAGCAGCUGCUACGAGAUUGUCAAUCCGAUUGGCACCGAUUUCGAGCGUAUUAUCGUCUCCAACGAUGCCAACGAGGCACAUCUGGUCGGCGAGGUGACCAUCUCGUUGCCCAGCCUCAACGACGCAGAGUUCUAAAUUUAGCCCAAAAACCAAACAAAAACCGAUGCACUCGAAAGCCCACAACAAUUUUAUGUUUAUGCGACACACAAACGGCUGUGUUCACAAAUGGUGCUGCUCCUUCCACAAAUGCACCACCGAGUACUCAUAGUCUUAAGCAUCCUUCCUUUGCCUUCCGUGCACCAUACGUAUACGCUUCCAUGUGACCGCACAUAUAACACGAUUGCCCACUGUACUCCAGGGGCUGGGGGCAUCUGCAGCAGGAACAACUGAUUCUCUUUUUCAUAUAACUAUCUAUACAUAUAUAUAUAGCAUAUGGCAUAUAGCAUAUAGCAUAUUGGCAUUUAAGCCUUUUAUGUAUUGCAAACUUCUAAAUCACAUUUAAUUAGUAUUAAGUACAAAAGUUAAGAGUUCGACAAGCAUUAUUAAUAAACCAAACCAUGCACAUCACAACAUGACUAGCAGCAGGCACCUUGCUACUCGACCCGUUGGAUAUAUAUUUGUAUUCCAACACCAAAGUUGAUUCACACAAUGUAAUAAAUUGUAGACGGAUAUGUUUACUUAUCCAACCAUAAUUGUUAGAUAGAGUUCAAGCAUCAUUUACAAAUUCUGUUACAGUAAAAAUUUCCAAGCCUGGGUUUGAACCAGUGGAACCUAAUGGAAAGCAGCUGGGCUCGCAGCGAAGCACGGCACACAUUUUUGUUACGUAUAUUCAAUUCAGAUCCGUUUUCUAACAAAUUCAGGCAGCUUCUGAUACUAUAUACGAUUUUCAUAAUUAGUUGUACGAUUCCCAAUCAACUUUAGAUGGGUUUAGCCAAGAUUAAAGCCCAAACCAUCUGGGACAAAAAGACGCAUCUCUGAGCAGAUUCAUCAGAAAAGCUUACAAACUUCAAGUCAGCUAUUAUAGCCUUAUAAUCUCCGACCCAAUAAAGUAUAUAUAUAUUCUUGAUCAGUAUCAACAGCCGAGUCGAUAUAGCCAUGUGCGUCUGUGCGUCAAUUUUAGUCUCUCAGUUUAAAUGCCAUCGUCUUGAAA